UAUAAUUUAGACACAAUUUAGGAUUUCACGUCAUUUCCACCGUACUGACUUUGCUAGGGGAGUCGUAAAGCCAUUAAACUAUUCACCAACAUCCUCAACAAAACCUGAUAUGGACAAAGAGAUUGGCGCUAGCCAAAGUGAGCUCAUGGAAGAUCCUCAAGGGAGUGGUUUUAAGGUGCUUGACCAAACUGUGUUAUCGGCGCUUCUCAAAGAAGAUAUUAACACAGAUUUGCAAAAUGCGCCAAGAGAGGACACAGGUGCCCUGAAAGCGUGUGUAACACCGGAAGUGGCGAAUGUUACUAAGGAAGUACUAUAUGAGGAGACUACUGAUUGCGAAAUGGCAAAAACCGAUUCGAGCACACUGGUGGAGUGUGUAGCACCGAUAGUGGCGAAGGUUGCUAAGGAAGUACUAGGAGAGGGGACUAAUAACUGCGAAACGCCAAAAACGGACACGGGCGCACUGAUAGAAUGUGUAGACCCGGUGGUUGCGAAUGAUAGAGUGUAUAGCACCGGAAGUGGCGAAGGUUACUAAGGAAGUACUAGGUGAGGACACUAAUGACUGCGAUGUGCUAAAAAUGGACACAAGCGCACUGAUUGAUUAUGUAGCACCGGUAGGGGAGAAGGUUACUGAGGAAGUUUUAUGUGGGGUAUCUAAUGAGUGCGAAAUGAAAGCAGCGUCAAUUAUGUACGUGCCCAACUCAAUAGAAGAAAUCCAGAAAACCAACAAUGCUGAAAAUCAUGCAAAAAUUUCCAAUAAAGAAGCGGUAGUAAUUGAAUCCGUUAUUCAAAUCGUUCCGGCCAGCGAUGAUUUAGACCACAAAAGAUCAGCAUUAGAAGUGGAAGCGAUGGCUAAGCCCAGUUCCGAUGCUAUAGUAAUAGUUGCUGGAACCGAUGCUGGGAUGGCGCCGGACACAGAUGUUA